AACCAGCUACAAAUUGUGACAAGACCUAGGCUUGAGUUGAUCAAUCCAAAUUAUAUCUUAUUUUAAUUUGAUGAUGAGAUCGCCUGGGUCUGGCUGAUCUUCCUUCAGGGUCCUGGAGUACGACCGAGAGUCAGAGAUACUCUGAAGCAUACAGGCUUUAUUCAGGGAUUCAGGAGAAUAUAUAGAUGACAAAGGAAAUGAGCGAUCAGAAAUAUGUAAAUGACGUCGUCUUAAUCUUGUUUUCUUCCGCCAGCCCCCUCAGGACUAGACACUUCUGCUUUCAGGGACGUGUUUUAAAGCCCGCACUGGAAGAUGGCGCGUCUCCCGCACACAGUCCUUCUCCUGGCACUUACCUCGCUGGCCUCCAGUAGACUGGUGGCUGAUUUUCUGAAUAAUAAUGGCUGUCCUCAAUUCUUCCUGAAAACGGCCCAAGGCCAUGUUACUCCACCGGUACUCCGAAAUCCCCAUCAUCUGAUCUGUCAGCGAUAUAUGGGACAAGACAGAUUUGCCACUCUGUAUGAUACUAGAAACAAGAUCCCUACAUACUCUGCCUAUCUGUAUGUCCCUCAUGUGCAUCUUGUUAGAGCCAAUCAGUGGUGGACCGAACCAGACCUCACAGAACAUAACCAGGCCCAGUACAGUGAUUAUCAAGGGUCUGGAAAGGAAAGAGGCCAUUUAUAUCCCGCCUAUCAAAACAAUAACAAUGUCCAGAUGGACGCUACCUUCACCUUGACCAAUGCAGCCCCACAAGAUGAUAAAUUCAACAAGGCAUGGUUCCAUAAUGUUGAACGUAAACUAGCUCAACAGAUCACCAAGUGUACAAAUCAAGUAUACAUCAUAACAGGAGUGGUGCCAAGUAAUGCUGAUUUCAUUAAAAACAAAGUUAAUGUCCCCAGUUACUUCUGGACUGCAUACUGUUGCCUGGACAACAAUUACCGACUAGUGGCAAGUGGAGGAUACAUUGCAUCAUGGAACGGUCAAAUACAGCUACAAUCUAAAAGCAUCCUGGAUUUGGAGAAAGACCUGGCCAGCCAUUACCACAUCGGUGCCUUCCCUGUGUUUGGCGGUCUCUGCUAUGGGGUGGGUUUAUCUGGUGGCGUUAAUUACACCCAGUACUGAUUUAACAGAAUUAAGAAUUAUCUUAAUUAAACUUGUAAAGUUAAUUGUUUUAAUGGCCUAGUUGAAUUUCCUGUUUGAAGAAAAGAAAAUAUUCCUCACCUAAUGGAGAUAUCAUAACCUCAUUGUAUCAUUUGAUUGAUUUGAUUUCUGUCUGUAGAGCAUCCUUGAAUUUGAGAAAGGCACUAAUAAUAACAAUUAUAAUCGUGCAUAGCUGAUUAAUAAAGAUGUUACUAAAUUUGAA